AUGUCGUUAACGUUAAUUGUAAUUGCAGCGUAUCUAGGCAUCUGCUUUGGAGGUGAAGUUUUUCUGAACGAAGAUCUAAUUUUGAAAUGGACAUUUAACGAUGAAGAUGAAUCAGUCAUAUUUAAAUAUUACAUCCCUACUGCCAAAGCUACUGGAACAUGGGGAUGGGUUGGUACUGGCAUUAAGAGCAUUGAAAACGGCAGAGGCAUGGCUGGAGCUGAUUUGGUGUCAUUUAUCCUUGGAGAAAGCAUUUAUGAGGAUAGGUUUGGAGUGGAAAAUGGGUAUCCAAGCCGAGACACAGAAGAAGAAUGCCAAGACAACGUUUUAGACCUUGAAAAAUAUAUUGAAGGAAACCACCACGUUUUGCAGUGGAAAAGAUAUUUAAAUACCGGCGAUAUUUGCGAUCUUCCUUUAGAAAAAGGAAAACAAUAUUUUGUUUUAUAUGCAUUUGGAAACGCAAAAGAUAGCGAUUUAAGAUACCAUAAGAGAAGAGGAAGUGAACUUAUUACCUUUGAUGAUGAUUUCUCAAACGAAGAACUACUCUCUGCAUCCUUUAUAAGUUAG